AUCAGUGAAAUUGUUGUUCAAUUUUUUGUGGUUUUCUAUCAAUUUCAAAUAUAAAAGGAAUAUUUUCUCCGUAUUUAAUGUGAUUUAUUUUUUACUAAUUGGUGUUAAUCAUCUAAUGAGGUGAAGAAGUGCUGAAUUCAGUGAAAAAUUUAAUAGUUUGAUCAAUAUUGUUUAGGAACGUGGUGUGAUUGGUCACGUAGUAAUUUUUCGUGAUUUCCCUUGAGCUUGAAGACCUGAGUGAAUUCGUGUUGUUAUUUUUGAUAAAAUUCUGCAAUCGUGAGUGAUCCAGGUGGUAGCCGGUUCUAGCUAGCUGGUCUAAGUAGGUCUAGUCUGUCAACAAAGUUUAUUUUGGUUGCAUCAUAUUUUUUCUGACCGAUACCGUUGACAAAAAAUAUUACUGCGUAAUUUCACGAGGGCGGCCGGCAACGAAGAGUGAAGAUUGUGCUCAGAAUAAAAGUGGAAGAAAAAAUUGCUCAGCAUAUAGUGGGACGUGAAAAAACAAAAUGUCGAACGUUGGGGAAAAAAUUGAACUUUCUCGUGAUGAAUUUCGGAACAUUACGCAGUGCUUGGGGGAUGAAGAGUUCCGGAAAUUGUUUGCUGAAUACUGUCAAGAGCUCAACGAUCCGGAGAACCGGAAGCAAUACGAGGAGGAACUUAAACUUUUGGAAGCUGAGAGGGGAUACGACGUGAAGUUCAUCAAACCUUUGCCGGGUUAUGUAAUUAAGACCGUUGUCGACGGAAAGGUAAAAGGAUUUGUAAAUGUUUGCCACUGUGACCUGAUCGGGAAGCCGGCUAGUCAGUGCUCAAACAAUGAAAAGGGCCAAAAGGGUCUCAAGUGGAGCAUUCCGUAUGCUCAAUGCCAGCCUAGAAAGGAUUUUGAUAACAAAAAUGUCGAAUGUAUUGUUUACGAUGUCGUAUUUCACUACGAUACACUGCAUUUGACUAAAAGUAACAACAAUUUUCGUAAAUUAGUAACUGACACUGCCUUGGAUGCUGUGGAAGGUGCAUUCAACGUUCUGCUGGAUAAAGUUAAUCUUAAGUUUCCCAAGCUACAGUACAAAGGUAUUCCGAAAAUGACUGUGAUUCGACAAAAGUCUAAAUGUUUUGGGAACCGGCAGAAAGAUGGCCUAAUUGAUACAGUUUAUCCUAUUCCUGAACAAAAUCGAAUGGUACAAGAUAACAGCGGUGAUAAAGAAAAUAUGAACAAUCAAGCUUGUAAACCGAUAGUUGAGUUGGAGUAUGCUGCUCCAUCUUACAAGCUUGUCCACAGAAAAGAGAUAGAAUAUCACGAGCUAACAGAAGAAUUAGAUGCAAAGGUGGACGUUGCCAUCCCGAAGGAGCUUGUGCUGGUCAUUGAGCUACCCUUACUUAAAUCAGCUAAUGACUGUACUCUAAAUGUUACUAGCAGCGAGGUACAUUUGAUCAGUGAAAAACCAGAAAAGUACAAACUACAAGUCAAAUUGCCGUAUGAAGUGGUAGAAAAGGAUGGAUCUGCGAAAUUUAAUACCGAUGAUAGGACGUUAACCAUCAUACUUCCUGUCGUCAAGAGUCGGCGGACGCUGAAUGACAUCAAUGUGGCUGGCAAUAUUGGAAGUGUUACAAAAGAAGUCAAGCCUGCAAUGGAUAAAAAACUAGUUGAGCCUGCAAAGCUGCCUAAGGGCGCACAAGUUAUUUCCAGUAAUGCUACGAAGAAGAUAAUCUUCCCAAAGUUUUCUGCAAAUAAGAUGGAUAAUAUCUUUGCAUUUACAUUGAACGUUCGGAAUGUUGACCCGUCCAGCAUUAUCCUACGGAAAGGCACGGAUGCACUCAGUUGCAGAUUCACGAAUAUUGGUAGCGGAUUUUUCCCUUGCUAUUAUGUGUUCUUCGUUCGGUUUCCUAACGCCAACAUCACUGAGGUACAGCAUGAGGAAUGGGACAACAAUUUAAUUUUGCAAGUGGUUCUCGAUCAUGGAUUCGUGGAUAGCUAUUGCGUUGGAGCAGAUGAAAAUGAUUUAGUGGAAUACUCUAUUAUGGAAGACAUCACAGAUAAACUCAACAAGUUUGGCAAACAUAUUGAAGAUGACAGUCUUUGUAUAGCGGUAUCCAAAACUGCAACCAAGCCAGAACGGAAAUCUUCCAAUCUUAGCAUCGAGAUUAAAACGAAAGGUGAUACCGAUAACGAAGAUGGAAGUGAUGAAGUUCUUGAUGGAGAACAAAAGACUGAUCAAUCCGUACAAGAACAAGACAAACAGUGCAAAAAUAACGAAAUAAUUGAAAAUAAUAAUCAGGAUACUAAUAUUGCCGUUGUCGAUCAAGGAAAGGACAUACAAGAUUCGGUGCACGAGGGAAAGAAAUCUAGGAAAAACCAUCGCCGGAAAAACAAGAAACGAUCUCUUUCGGAGUCAUGCUGUGAUCAACUGAAGGUGGAGCAAGACACUUCACAGUUGGAAUCAAAAACACAGUUGGAGACAAAACAUAAUAUAUUUGAAUCUGCUGGUAACACCGAAACAGCAUCCAAGCAACGAAAAUCUCGGAGUGUUUCCGUAUCAUGCACUUCAGCAGACAGUGCCGAAGCCGAUUCGUCCUCGGUAGAUCAUUUAUCAGCUUUAAUACAAUUCAACCGAAAAUACAAAGGAAUCUUGAAGCGCUCAUCUUUCCAACGAAGCAUUAGUGAAUGCUCGUCUAUCGAUGAACAUUAUUAUCUGGGAACCUCAGUUGAUGGAUCAAGUGUAGCUGGCUCCGUGGAGCAUCCAAGCGGUGAACUUUCAGAAAGCUGUCGAAAAACGGUUCGUUUUAACGAUUCUAUUAAAACAAAAUUGUUCAGAUCUAACACGAGCAUUCUUGCCCAAAAGAAGAAAAAUGCCAAGAAAAACGAAAGCAAACGACGAGCUUUAUCUCGCCGUCUGAGUGAGGGCGAAAGCACCGAUAAUGAGGAUAAGGACACUGUGAGCAGCAAUGGAGCAUCGGCACCAGUAGUACAAAGAGACCACGAUCAUGACAGUGGAAUCUCGUUGGAUUCGGAUGUAGGACACCCGAUAGAAAAGAUGGUAGCAUCCGGGCCACAAAACCAUCAUCAAAAGGAUUCGUCUAAACCAAUUGAAAUCAAUCGGAACGCGGACCAGAAAUUUGUGACCAACAAAAAAGAGAACAGCAAUCUGAAAGUCAAGUCACAGCCACAUAGCAAGAAUGUUAAGCGCAGCGAUUCUAGCGAUAUUGAAUUUAAGAGCGAUAUGAUUUUUGAUAUCGAAAUGUAACAUAGAAAAAAUACGGAGUGCAACGAUUUAACGUUUUUCACAUCAAGUUUUAUUCUGAGUGAAAUUGCACUAUCAUAGAUUUGUUUUGUCUUGCAACAUCACAUUUGUUAUAGGCAGUUUUGACUGCAACAUUAAAAGCAAAAUUUCCCUACAAACUGGAAUUAUAAAAGAGAGAAGUUUCAGUGUAUACUUAGAACUACUACUUAGAAGACACAAAUCAAAGCAUACAAAUUGAAUCGAUAUAGUUUAUCAAUAUUCGUUUGCGCGAAAUACACCAGAAAUGGACACAAUUGCCAUAAAAAUCCUAUCUAAUGUUAAUUCUUGAUGACUGACUUGAUCUUCUCAGGACUUCCAACCGUCUAUCCAUUUAACAUCCCAGAGCACCAACAUAACAGUUCAUGAAAUAUCCUGGAAAAUUAUGGGUAUACAGUCAACUCUGCCUUACUCGAUAUUCAACGGACUA